AUGACUCCUCGUGAAAUUGUCCACGAACUCAACAAUCACAUUAUCGGGCAGGACGACGCCAAACGCGCCGUUGCCAUAGCUUUGCGUAACCGCUGGCGACGGAUGCAGAUAGAACCCGCGUUGCGCGAAGAAAUCAGCCCCAAAAAUAUCCUCAUGAUCGGUCCUACCGGCGUUGGUAAAACCGAAGUGGCCCGCCGUCUGGCGAAACUGGCGCAGGCGCCAUUUAUCAAAAUUGAGGCCACCAAAUUCACCGAAGUGGGUUAUGUGGGCCGCGAUGUAGACUCCAUUAUCCGCGACUUAACAGAAGUGGCGGUAAACAUGCUGCGCGAAAUCGAAAUGAAGCGUGUACAGACACAGGCAGACGACCGCGCCGAAGAACGUAUUCUCGACGCCCUGCUGCCUGAGCCCCGCGCGGUGGGCUUUGGCGACGACGCCGCUUCCAAGGAUGGCUCCGCAACCCGCCAGAUGUUCAGGAAAAAACUGCGCGAAGGCGAGCUCGACGAGAAAGAAAUUGAUAUAGAGCUGUCGCAAAUGGCCAUGGGUGUAGAAAUCAUGGCACCGCCGGGUAUGGAAGAAAUGGUCAGUCAGAUGCAGGGCAUGUUCAGCAACCUUGGCAAUAGCCGUAAAACCACCAAACGCCUGAAAAUCAAAGACGCAAAAGACAAAAUUCGCGAGGAAGAAGCCGCCGGACUGGUUAACGAAGAGGACAUCAGGUCCCGUGCGGUAGAUGCCGUUGAACAAACCGGUAUUGUGUUUAUUGACGAGCUGGACAAAGUUGCCAAGCGUACAGAAAACAACAGUGCGGACGUUUCCAGAGAGGGUGUACAACGUGACCUGCUGCCACUCAUCGAAGGCUGCACCGUCACCACCAAAUACGGCGUUGUGCGCACAGACCAUAUCCUGUUCAUCGCCUCAGGCGCUUUUCACCUGGCCAAACCCAGCGAUCUGAUUCCAGAGCUGCAGGGGCGGCUGCCGAUUCGGGUUGAACUCAAAGCGCUCACCCCGGAAGACUUCAAGCGUAUUCUGGUAGAGCCAAAUGCCAGCCUGACCGAACAGUAUCAGGCGCUGAUGAGCACGGAACAGAUAGAUCUGGAGUUUUCCGAUGACGGCAUAGAGCGCAUUGCUCAACUGGCCUGGCAGGUAAAUGAAGGCACCGAGAACAUCGGCGCCAGGCGGUUGCAUACGGUGAUGGAACGGCUGCUUGAGAACUUGUCGUUCGAGGCUGGUGACAGCAUUAAGAAACACGUCCUGGUGGACGCUGAAUAUGUCGAUGCUCAUCUGGGCGACCUGGUCAGCGACACUGAUUUAAACGAUAAUUUUGUGUUGCCAGCAGAGCUGCUGAGGGUCUACAGCCCCUCUGCGGAAGUACGCGGUCAUUCGCCAGAUCAGCGCAAGCUGCAGACGGGCAAAAAGAACGUGGGUAUCCGGCAGAUUGAGCCCGUAGGUAACUAUGCAAUUCGCAUCGUAUUUGACGAUGGUCAUGACAGCGGUAUUUUCGCCUGGGAGUUUCUGCACGAUCUGGGCAAACAGAUGGACAAGUACUGGCAGGAUUACAUCACCGAAUUAAAAACCGCUAACGUCACGCCUGCGGAGAAGACCGCAAUGGUUGGCGACGUUUUUAAACGCGUCGCGAAACGCUACGAUGCGAUGAACGAUCUCAUGUCUCUGGGCACACACCGCAUCUUUAAGCGUAUGGUGAUUCAGAUGUCCGGUCUGCGUACGGGACACACCGUGUUAGACCUGGCUGGUGGUACCGGCGACAUGUCCGCUCUGUUUGCAGAUGCUGUCGGCGAUACCGGCACUGUCGUAUUAACAGAUCUCAAUGCACAAAUGAUGCAGGUGGGCCGUGAUCGCCUGCUCGACCAGGGCUGCGCCCAGGUUGAAUUCAUCCGCGCACCCGCCGAGGCACUGCCUUUUGCCGACAACACGUUCGAUUGUGCAUGUGUCAGCUUCGGCUUACGGAAUUUCACUGACAAAGACCUUGCGCUGCGGGAGUUGCUGCGCGUCCUGAAGCCAGCCGCUGCACUGCUAGUGCUGGAAUUCUCGAAACCUGAAAACCCUGCACUCAGCGCCGCCUAUUCUGUUUUUCAGUCUCUCUGGCCCAGCGCAGGACAGGCAAUUGCCGGUGAUUCGGAACCUUAUAAGUACCUGGUGGAAUCCAUUCGGGUACACCCCGACCAACGCGCCUUAAAGCAAAUGUUUGAAGAUGCUGGUUUUACGGACACCAGUUAUCACAACCUGGUUGGCGGCGUAGUGAGUCAUCAGAUCACCGCGGGUGUGCUCGCAUCCGACCCUGUGACCGCUGGUCAAUUUGCCGCUUUUGCCGGUCGUUGUAUCGAGCUGCAAAGCCAUACGCCUGCAUUCACCCUGCACCUGGUUCUACAGGCUGAUGGCGUGCAGACAUUCUCAGGGCCUGCAGAGACACCCCACGCGAUUAUCAAAGGCAGCGGCCGCGAACUGAUACAGGCUCUGCUACCCGGUGGCAGCCUUGAUGGCUUAACAAUUGAAGGCGAUACAGCCCUGCUGUUUAACCUGACAACGCUGUUGAAGAAGUUCUCUCCGGAUGUUGCCACGCCGCUCGGACGUUUUAUCGGCGAAGCCAAUGCGGCCAACCUGGUGGGUAGCGCAGAGCUUGGCCUGGCCGGCCUGAAAACGGCAUUGUCAGGCUUGAGCCAGACGGUGCAGCAACAGGCGACAGGGCAAUUCGUAAAAGUUAGACAAUUAGAUGAAUUGUUAGAAGGGCCAAGCGACAAGCAGAUCAGCCUUGAGCAACAACUGGCGUUUGUCGAGCUGGGGCCAGUCUAUGUGAAACUCGGACAACUGCUGUCUACGCGACGGGAUCUUUUGCCGGCAGAUAUUGCGGACGCUCUAGCUGAUCUGCAGGACAAAGUGCCACCGAUCGCCAAUUUCGACGUUGACAGAUUUGUCAGCACACAACUCGGCACCGCCAGCGGAUCGGUUUUUUCGGAGCUGCAGCACACCCCUCUGGCAAGCGCAUCCAUUGCCCAGGUUCAUUGCGCUACGCUGAAUACCGGCGAAAGUGUGGUGGUCAAGCUGGUCCGACCGGGCAUUGAGCAGGCCAUUGUGCAGGACAUGGCCCUGCUGAAAAAACUCGCCGGUUUGAUUAAUAACAAGAUUCCAGGGGCGCAGCGUUUGCAACUGCCCAGGGUCAUGUCUGACCAUGAAGACGUGUUAUUGCAGGAGCUCACCAUGUUUGGUGAGGCGCGCAACCAGAUUCAGCUGCGGCGCAAUUUUGCAGAUUCCGACCUGCUCUAUGUACCCCGCGUGUACCCCGAACAUACCCGCGAGCAGCUGCUGGUUAUGGAACGGGUUUAUGGCAUUCCCAUCAACCAGGUUGAUGAACUCAAAGCGCGUGGCGUGGACCUCAAAGUACUGGCUCACAAGGGUGUAGAAACGUUCUUCAAGCAGGUUUUUGAACACAACUUUUUCCACGCCGAUAUGCAUCCCGGCAAUAUCCUGAUCGAUACCACCGAUCCGGUUAACCCCAAAUACAUCGCACUGGAUUGCGCCAUCAUCGGCAGCCUUACUGAAGCUGACCAGAAUUAUCUGGCGCAGAACCUGCUGGCAUUUUUCCAUCGUGAUUAUAAACGCGUGGUCAGCCUGCACCUGGAAUCAGGCUGGGUGCCAGCUGACACCGAUGCUGAAGAAUUUGAAGCCGUGAUCCGCGAUGUCUGUGAACCCAUUUUUGCCAAACCGCUGGCGGAAAUCUCAUUUGCUGAGUUUGUCAUCACCCUGCUCGACACCGCUGGCAAGUUUGAAAUGGAAGUUCAGCCACAGCUGGUUCUGCUGCAGAAGACACUUCUCUAUAUUGAGGGCCUGGGUCGUCAGCUGUACCCGGAACUGGAUUUAUGGGAAACCGCUCAGCCGUUCAUGGAACGCUGGGCAACUCAGCACCUUGGUCCGGUUGGGGUUGUGAACGACUGGAUAAAUGCCGGUCCCCAGGUGUGGCAACAACUGUCGCGCCUGCCAAUGGUCAUGGACCAUACAGAAACGGAAAUUCGGGUGCUGAAAAGCCAGCUUAAACGGCAGGCAUCAGGUCUGGCCCAGAUUGAGAAAAACAUGGCGCAAGCCGCCAGCAGGCGUCGGCUCGGCCGCCUGGCAGGUAUUAUUGUGCUGCUUGCCAGUGUGUGGUGGCUAUGGACGCCCUUGAACCAGACGUUCGCCCAGGGUGACCUGAGCCUGUGGGCAGGGCUAGGCGGCGCACUUGUUGGUAUCACACUCCUGCUGCGAACCUAA